UAGGCAGAGCCUCUUUAGCGCUCCCAUAGUCGAGUCGAGCUCAACCUGCGCGUCAAACGCAACACUUCUGAUUGGCCAAUCCGGAAAAUGUAGACACACGCCACAUCUUCACAAUGAUCCGCUGAGCAGGGUGUUCUUCAGCGUUUCCCUAUAUUUACUUUUCACUUUAUUGACUGGAAAUUGAGGUCUCUGACAGGUCGGGAUGGGGAAUCUGAUCAAGGUUCUCACACGGGAUAUUGACAACAAUGGAGGGAACUUUUUCCUGGACUUUGAAAAUGCCAAGCCCACAGAAGCUGAGAGGAGAGUAUGGGAGGAGGUCAAUGAAGUGCUAACAGAGGCUGUGAGUGUACUACAUGACCUGCAGUCAUAUAGCGGAGCAGGGGAAGCCAUCAGACAGGCCAUACAGCAUCCCAAUGAUGAGCGUGUGCAGGAGGGAGCGUGGGCCGCUGUGGUCCCGCUGGUUGGCAAACUAAAGAAGUUUUAUGAGUUCUCACUAAAACUGGAAGACUCUCUUCAGGGCCUGCUGGAGUUCCUCACGAGCUCGCGCUGCAGCCCAACUCAGCAUCUGGAGCAGGAGCAGGCGCUGGCACGGCAGUUCGCUGAGAUUUUGCAUUUCACGCUGCGCUUCGAUGAGCUGAAGAUGACCAACCCCGCCAUCCAGAAUGACUUCAGCUACUACAGAAGGACCUUAAGCCGCAUGCGUAUCAUCAACCAAACAGCAGAAGAGCAUAACGAGGUUGACAACGAACUGGCCAAUCGCAUGUCUCUCUUCUACGCCAAUGCCACGCCCAUGCUGAAAACGUUAAGCGAUGCCACAACCAAAUUUGUAUCAAAGCAUGCAGAACUACCCGUAGAGAACACAACAGAUUGUCUGAGUACGAUGGCAAGUGUGUGUAAAGUCAUGUUAGAGACACCGGAGUACCGCACUCGUUUCGCCAGUGAAGACACAGUGUUAUUCUGUCUGCGUGUGAUGGUGGGGGUGAUCAUCCUAUACGACUAUGUCCAUCCAGCUGGAGCUUUCGUAAAGUCCUCCAAAAUUGAUAUGAAAGGAUGCAUUAAGGUUCUGCGAUAUCAGCCGCCCAACAGUGUGGAGGGACUUCUCAAUGCCCUCAGGUACACAACAAAACAUUUGAAUGAUGAGACUACCUCCAAGCAAAUCAAAAACAUGUUACAAGCUUGACUGUGUCUGCCAAAAGUAUUACAUCUCAAAUACAUUGGAUGAGACGCUUCAGCAGUUUCAGUAAUACAAUGAGAAUAGCCAUGUAUUUUGUGGCAGCUACUGUUAUCAGUCUAAUUUUACUGUUGUAGUUUUGUUGUUUUUGUUUUUUUACAAAUCUUUUACUGUUAGACUUUGUCAUGUGUGGCCUUUAGAUUUCAAACACGCUUCUUUGUUGUGUUGGCCGUCCAACAACGAUGAGCUUAGUUCAAUCCCUUCCCAUGUUUCCUCCGGUUGACAUUUCGCUUUUUUUAAUGACACAAUUUACUGUGAUUUUUAUUAACAUGACUCCUUUGAACUGAAUAAAGCUAUUUUAAUCAAA